AUGAACACCACAGCAGGUCUUCUCGAUCCUCCGCUUGGUCGUUGCCGUCUGAGUAUUGCUCAGUUCUUUGCACUGUUGGCUGCACUCCCAGUUACUACCGGGAUCCAGGAAGCCAUGGUCAAGGAUGGAGUCUUGAAAACUCUCAUGAACCUGUUUGAGCUGUACCCAUUGAACACGCUACUUCAUCAAGCAGUUCGUGAUUUCCUGGUUGCUCUCUUCACACACGCUCGUGUGAUUGAAAAUGCCUCGCGCUCGAAUCAAACGACGACGAAAGCGACUGAUGAGGUGAACCCCACGGCUACCGUCGAGUUGUCGUCUGCACCGGAAAAGACAAAGUGCUCAGGUCUCCCGAACCCGGUCACUGGCGCUAGUACACCGUCCAUCGCAAAGAACCAGUCUGACACUGCAGCACCGAACCCAACCUCGAUGAUCGGUAAAACCGGUGGCUCCGACCGAAUGGAAAUGGACACCACAGAAGUGGCAUUUGGUGAAUCCACGAAAACCAACCCAAACGAACCGAUCACCACUUGUUUGGAUGAAUCAUUCCGUGUGAUUUUACGCGAUCAUUUGUUCACUGAUUGGUGUCUUCGAUUAUCACCGUUGCCCAAAGAACGACUGACAUCCGAUCCCGAUCCUGAAACUGCUCCAGUUCGACUGUCCGUGCGACACCCGAAACCGGGCUAUUCCGGUCACUUAUGGCAACUGGCCAAUCUGAUUCAGGAUGCUCGAAGCGGACCGAGAAGUGAAUGGGUCAAUGAGCUACUACAAGGUCUCAAUCCAAGCUCUUUGAAGGCAUGGGAUGAUUUUGCACAAGGGGAUUUGGCCGUUAUUAACAAAGAACACAUUCCAGAUGUGAGUUUCACUUCUCUCCCCGCAUAUCUUCAUUAA